AUGGAGGCGCUGUUAUCGCAGCCCGUUACGACGAUUGCCCUCGUGGCUACAGUUUCGUUUUCUUUCAUCUAUAAUGUAUAUCUCGUGAUAUAUCGCCUCUGGUUUUCGCCUCUGGCCAAAUUCCCUGGUCCCAAAUUUGCUGCGGCCUCCUUCUGGUAUGAAUUUUAUUAUGACUACUGGCUGGAUGGCAAAUACCUGUUCGAAGUGGAGAAGAUGCAUAAAAAAUAUGAGUUUUACAAUGAGAUAUAUGUUACGGAGAGCAAACGGCGAACUAACAGCUAUGAUGUGUUUUGCAAAGGCAUCGAUUUUGAUGGCUCUCAUUUGCUCACAGCGGACCACGAUCUGCACAGAAAGAGGAGAAAGCCAAUGGAAGGUUUCUUUUCGCGGAAAGGAAUCACCCAGCUACAGCCAAUGCUUGCAGAAGUUGCUCUGCACCUUGAGUCUCGUUUCAGAGAGCUGGAAGGUAAAAAUGCAGUUAUUCGACUGGACCAUGCUUUUUCUGCCUUCUCCGGGGAUAUUAUUGGAAGAAUAUGCCUUGGUACUGGCGAUAGAGGCUCUCACGGCGACCGGUUUCUAGAUGCCCCCGACUUUGCUUCUGACUGGUAUAAUGUUAUUCACGCUAUUGUAAGAUCUAUCCCGCUGUUUACAGGAUUUCCUCAGAUCAUUCAAGUUUUGAGUCUCCUUCCGGAGAGUUUAUUGCUCUGGGUCUAUCCAAAAGGCCAAAUGUUCAACAUAUUUCGACAGCGAGCAUUGAAUCAAAUACGACUUGCCAACAGUGAUCAAUCCAAAGGCGAGGACAGUGGAGUCUCUAUUUUCCGGCACAUUGCAAACAGCGACAUGCCAGUAGAGGAGAGAACCGAGGAACGACUGGCAAAGGAAGCCCAGGUCCUUCUUGGUGGCGGCACAGCAAGCACAGCACGCACUAUCGGCUUUGCCUCCUACUACAUUCUCUCUAGGCCUGAGUUGAGAAGCAAGCUUGAAGCUGAGCUGAAGGAGCCGAUGGCCAACUGGCCCGAGCAGGUUCCAACCUGGGCAGAGCUAGAGCAGCUGCCGCUCUUGCAAGGAAUCAUCAAGGAAUCCCUGAGACUCAGCUAUGGCGUCAUGCAUCGCUUGCCAAGAGUGUUUCCCGACCAGGCCAUUCAGUACAAAGACUUUGUGAUACCUCCAGGGAUCCCCGUGGGUAUGUCUGCAUAUUUGAUGCACUCAGACCCUGAGGUAUAUCCCAAUCCGGGCGAGUUUAUACCCGAACGGUGGGUUCAUGAUGUGAAACCUGCCAUGCAUCGGUCUCUAGCUAUGGCGGAGAUGAGUCUUGUUUUGGCAGUUCUCUAUCGCUCUAAUGGGCCGAAAUUAGAGCUAUACGAGACGGACGAGAGUGAUGUCAAGCAAGCGCAUGACUUCUUGAUUCCCCUUCCAAAGCUUAGCACCAAAGGCGUGCGUGCCUUGAUUCGUUAG